AUGGGAACAAAACAUGAGGGUGGUCUAUUCGAGCAUCGAACACGCUAUAUUAUUUUGUUGCUUGGGUGGUUUUGCCUAACUUCAAUAUUUUCUAAUACAAUUGCGCUGAAUUUCACAUUUAUAUGUAUGACAAAGCCUGUUUCGAAAAAUCAAACACAGAGCGAUGUUGUCGAUUCCGGCUAUUUCACAGGAGAGCUUAACUAUGAACAGGGAGAAAAAUCGGCAUUGCUUUGGGCUCUCGGUUUUGGUACCUUUAUCGGAGUUUGGCCUUUCAAUUAUUUAUAUCUUCAAUUUGGUGCACGAUAUGUUUUCUUCUUCGCUGGUUUCCUAUCCGCUUUUUCCACAUUGGUCAUACCUCUUACAGCUUAUAUGGGCCUUGUAUGGUUUAUUGGCGCUAGAGUCCUUCAGUUAACAACAUGUUAUCUUCCUGAAUCUGUUUGGGGAGUAGCAUAUGGCGCUGAUUUCGCAGCAAUUGGCGUAAUAACCGUACGUUGGGCAUCAUUGAAACAAAAUGGCGUAUUUAUUGCUGUACUAACGAGCUUCAACAGUCUUUCGACACUUAUCACAAAUCCUAUUUCUGGUUUACUUUGUGAAUCAUCGCUUGGUUGGCCAGCUGUAUAUUAUGUGCAUGCAGCAUUUGGCAUAUUUAUAUUCACCGUUUGGAUAUUAUUUUAUCGGGAUGAACCAGAAAUGCACAAAAAUGUUUCAGGCAUUGAAUUAGAAAAGAUUCGUCGAGAGAAAUCUGAAGGGUACAUCAGCAACGAGAAAUAUGUGCCGUAUUGGGCUAUAAUAAAAAAUCCAGCAAUACUAAUUAUUUGGCUCAAUGCUUUUGUCGAAAUUGUUUCUGCUUUAUUUCUUCUAUCCUAUGGGCCUACUUAUAUCAAAUAUGUUUUGAAUAUCAGUGUUGAAGGCACGGGAUUCUUGGUUGCUCUCCAAGGAUUAUCUUUUCUACCGUUUCGAAUUGCUGCUGGCUUCAUGAGUGAUCAGAUCAAAUGCAUGAACGAGUAUCAGAAAAUGAUUUUCUUCAAUACGCUUUCAUUAGUCGGAGCUGGUAUAUUUUAUUGUAUAGUCGGCUUCAUCCCACCUGAAAAGACUUCAUUAUCCGUAUUUGCUAUUGCAGUAACUCAUGCUGUUAUGGCAUUUAAUGUUGGCGGAUUCUAUAAAUGUGGUACUUUCGUGGCUCGACAACACAGCCAUUUCGUGAUCUCAAAUAUACAAUUCAUCAAAUGUGUUGCGUUGUUUAUAUCACCACUACUGGUUGCAAUAUUUGUUACCGACGAUUCAGUACAGGAACAGUGGCGAAUUAUUUUCAUAAUUCUAGCCGUAUCAUUAUUCGUAGCGAAUUUCGCAUUCUGUUUGAUAGCAACCGAUCAACCAGCUAAAUUUACAACACUUCAUCCAGAUAAAAAAAGACAUGAUCUUGGAACUGCUUCAAUUUCAUGA